AUGCCAUUGGCAGAGCGGUUGGGCAGCUGGCGUUUUACAGUGGACCUACAGUUGGGGUCUUCUAAAUGCUACAUUUGGGAAUGCAACGGAACUUAUUAUAUCGAUUUAUGCCUUACGAACCGCAAGGAUACGUGUAGUUCAGCUGUCGUUGCUCGGCUCGCUUCUAUCGAACUUGUUGUUCGUUCUCGGAUCGCAUUCUUCUCAGGUGGGAUUGUUCGAAAGGUUCAGGUCUUCAACAAGGCAACUGCUGUUGUGAAUUCAGGGCUGCUGUUGAUGGUAAUGAUGGGACUACUCUUUCCAGCAAUACUCCACAGCACAGGCACCGAAGUGCAUUUUGGGAUAUCAGAGUUGGCUCUUUCAAGAGUUAGUAGCUGUGCCCUGAUUCUAGUCUAUGCCAUCUCCAUCAUUUUCCAGUUAAAGAAUCUAAAUGACAUGGGAGGAAGUCAGGAUGCAGAGAUCAUAGAUGGCGACGAAGACGAAGAAGCAGGUCCUGAGAUCUCGAAAUGGGAAUCAGUGAUCUGGCUAGCAAUUACAGCAGCUGCGAUUUCGAUCCUAUCGGAAUAUAUGGUUGAUGCCAUUGAGGGAACAUCUUUAUCUUGGGGUGUACCAGUUGCUUUCAUUACUGUCAUCUUGCUUCCAAUAGGAGGAAACACAGCAGCAGUUAUCACUUCAGUCAUGUUUGCCAUGAAAGACAAACUUGAUGUGUCUUUGGGAGUGGCUAUAGGGUCGUCAACGCAGAUUUCUAUGUUUAUAAUUCCCUUUUGUGUGGUAACUGGAUGGAUAUUUGGUCGCCCUGUGGAUUUGAACUUUCAACCUUUCGAGACAGCAACUCUGUUCAUGACUGUUCUAUAUGUAGCUUUCAUAACGCAGGAAGGAACUUCUAAUUACUUCAAAGGUCUAAUGCUACUUUUCUGCUAUUUCCUAGUGGCUGCAAGCUACUUCGUACAUGAAGACCCUUCCUCUUGAUACAUCUGAUGCAACUACAGCUGAUGCAGCAGUCAUUUUAUCACAGCUUACUUAGCUAAUAGCUAGUGAUUGUUAAUUACUAAACAAAGAAUUUUACCUUUUUAGUUUUUAUGUGUAUGAUUAAAUCAGAAUUGAAAUUUGAUAUGUACAAUCGAACCGAAUUAAGGUUUCUAAGUUGUAAUGUUUGUUGAAUGGCA